GCAGUGCCGCUCGCAUGAUGGCCGCGGUGGGACGCUGCUGCGACGUGCAGGGGCCGCCAGCCCUGCUAGUCCUGGGUGUGGAUGAGGGCAGCUCCUCCCUUGGCGUGCAGCAGAUCGAGCAGCUGCUCCUGCCGCUUGGGGUCCCUCAGGGGCAGCUCACAGAAACGGUGGAGGGCCGUUUGGAGGUUGGAGUCGGUCUCGGUGGCCAGGGAGGGGUCGGCGGACAGCAGUGACUCAGCAAUGCGCACCUUGUUUUCGUCGGAGACGGUCUUGGCCUCAGCGAGGGCGUGAAGCAGGCCUUGGCCGGCCAGCUGCGGUCGGCCCUUCAGCAGAGCAUCGACAGCUUCACACAUGCCCCUCUCCACAGCUGUCUUGCGGGCCAUCCCUCCACCCAUCCCCUCCCCGACGUCCAUGUCCACGUCUCCGUGCGCACCACGGCUGGCGGCGCGGGCGACGGACUUUGUUCUUCUUUCUCUUGUGGAGGGGCUCCUCGUCCUCGUCUUGGUCGAUGAGGGCUGCCGCAUGGAUGUCAGUGUCGUCCACCUCGGCCUUGGCAGUCCGACGCUGCUGGGCGGCUGCAUGGCGGGGGGGCUUGUUGGCCUUCGUUGACAGCAUGUCGUUCUCUUCCUCAGCCAUCAUCUCGACAUCCUCGCCCUCCCCAUCGGCCAUCUGGACAUCCCCCGUCUCCCGACUCCCCUUGCCCCUCGCCCGGCCCGUCCUCGCAGCGGGCUGCCGUGCGGCUGCCCUUGCGGGUUUGUUGUGGUUGGCGUCCGUCUUCCCAUCCCUUUGGUCUUUCUUGGGGGCUGACGUCUUCUUUUUGUGUCCCUUCGGAGCGGCCUUGUUGAGGCGCUCGUCGUCUUCGGCAUUGCUGAAGGGGUGGAGGUCGUAGAGGCGGAUGGCCCCGGUGGAUGCGGCCGCUGCAGCAAGUCGAGCUGCCUCCUGGGCCUCUCUCUCCAGCUCCUUGGCGGCGACCUGCACCGAUAAUCCACACACAGAGAAGAAAAACAAAGUGACAAUGAGGUCAUGCAGACAGCCUCGAUAUGGCUACAGGCAGGCAUGAAAUGGGCCCGUGGAUGUGCGUGGAUGUGCUCUUCAUGUGGUGACAAAGGAUGAGACGGCGCCCCCACCACCCGUCCGUGCGGUCGUUUCCCCUUGUCCUCACCUGCGCGCGGGUCAGCAUCCUGUCAGCGACGGGUGAACUCCUGCCCCUCCAAUAAGCGACUUGUUGGGCUGCAGAACUUGCUGCAGAGGCCCUCGAGAAUGCACACUGCA